UAACAGAUGGGUGGAAUCGUCUGCAAUCCACCCUCUGCUCAUGCGAGGUUUGGUUAAUUGCCAGGUUACAGAGGGAGCGGUGUCUGUUUCCUGCUUUUGAACAGGAUUGAGUGCUCGGGAGUUAUUUUGUGCAAAGUCAUCGCAGCGUUUGCAGAAUCCUUUGUUGCUGACGUUUAGCAGUGGGUGAGAUCGCUGCGAGGGUCACGCAAGUCCCAGUUUGCCGCGCACCAUGGCCAAGGCAGUCAAGUCUUUCUACGACCUCACAGCCGUCACCCUGGACGGCGACAAAGUGGACUUCAAUGUCUACAGAGGCAGAGUGGUGUUGAUCGAGAACGUCGCUUCUCUCUGAGGCACGACCGCGAGGGAUUACACCCAACUCAACGAGUUGCAGACGCGAUACUCGCAUCGCUUCGUUGUACUGGGCUUCCCUUGUAACCAGUUCGGCUUCCAGGAGAACUGUCAGAAUGUGGAGAUACUUAACAGUCUGAAGUAUGUGCGACCCGGAGGUGGCUAUCAGCCCAACUUCACCAUGUUCCAGAAGUGCGAGGUUAAUGGUGCGGGCACGCAUCCCGUCUUUGCGUUCCUGAAGGAGAAGCUGCCUGUUCCCGCCGAUGAUCCCACUUCCUUGAUGAAAGAUCCCAAAUACAUCAUAUGGAGCCCUGUCUGCCGCACGGACAUCUCUUGGAAUUUCGAGAAGUUCCUCAUUGGACCAGACGGAGAACCUUUCAAACGCUACAGUAAAUCAUUUGAAACCAUCCAGAUUGAAGCCGACAUCCAAAGAUUACUUAAAGUAACCAAGUAAAGUUGUAGGGAACCCAAAUUAUCACAUUGCUACACUUUUACCACCAAUGAGAAAUCUGCAUAAUCUUCCAGUGGGCUUGAUUUACACAAACCCUAAAUAAAAUUCAAUUUAAUCUUUUUUACACUUUAACAUUUGGCAAAAUUAUCAAUGUGCUAAAUCCAUUCCCAGAGCUAUUUUUUUCAAACUUUCUCUUGCCUUUCUGCUAUGAUUAUUUCAGACUGAUUUACCUUUUCUUCCACUCCUUUUGAAAAGCUGAUUCAAAGCAAAACUUUGCUGAUGAAUUUGAUCAGUGCUGCAUGUUGUAAUUCUUUCUAUCAAGUUGAUUAUUAGAUAUUUUUGUAAUACUUGCACAUUCUUGUAAUACUACCUCGCUCCUUUCUGCCUUUCAUCUGGAAAUUCCAAAAACUAUUUAUCUGCCUUAAGAGUCAAUAUAAUCUGGGAUUCUCCAAAAUAAAUUCCUAUAUUUUUGUCGAAUUUAUAGAUGGUUUUGGGAUAUCAGGAUACAGUCAUACUUUCUUUGAAGUUCUAUGAAACAGUUCUUCCUAUCUUCAGAACUUUACAGAAUGAAGGUACACUCCUAAACCCAAUCUGGAGGAUACCAGAUAAUACAGAAAGUUGCUGAAUUUGUGGGAUGUAACUGUUUGUGACUUCUUGGAAUUGUGUGAUAUUUGUAUACCAAUAUAAAUGAGCAAUAAAACAAUUGCCUUAAAACAAAA